AUGACACUUUUUGACAGAACUUCAGAUUGCACCCACAGAUUAAUCAAUCUUACAUCUAGUAUUGUCACAAGUGGUGAUGAUAGAAAUAACAACAACAACAACAAAGAUGAAGAUGACAUAGAGAUCUCUGAUACACUUUCGACCAACUCGACAGCUUCAACAGCCGGUGCCACACAGGAGGACGAUGACUUGGCAGAUGACGAUGAUAUUGCACCAACUCAAUUGAUUGAUGACGAUGACUUGAACUUUGGACAGCAAUCUAAUCAAAGCCAACAACAGCAACAACAUAGUAAUAAUGGAGAAGGUGACGAUGGUGAUGGAAUACACUUCAAACAACUCGUUAGAUUAAAGUCAACGUUGAGAGAUCAUAUCAUUCCGUUCAGUGAGUUGUUUGUGGAGCGUGAAAUCGGUAAGGGUUUCUUUGGAAAGGUUUACAAGGGCAGUUGGCGUGGGAAAAGCGUCGCUCUCAAGAAGAUUACGAUCUCGAGAUUCCGUGAUCGCUCGGAAGCCGAUCUGUUCAGCAAGGAGGUGUCGAUCAUCAGCAAGCUAUGUCAUCCGAGGUGUGUUAUGUUUAUUGGCGCAUGCUCGGACGACCCUGCCAACCGGUGCAUCAUCAUGGAGUACAUGGGUGGCGGCUCGCUGCGGCGACUCCUAGACGAGCGCGCCUACCUUGUGAACUCGCGACUUCAACUGACGAUUGCACGCGACAUUGCCGACGGAAUGAACUACCUGCACACCAACUUCCACGAUCCAAUCAUCCACCGUGAUCUCACCAGUUCCAAUGUACUGCUGGAUAUCGAUUACACCGUCGCCAAGAUCAACGAUUUCGGCUUGUCGAAAGAGAUGAAAUCCGGUCCGAACGAGAUGACUGCUGCAAUGGGAUCGCUUGCAUGGAUGGCGCCAGAGUCGUUCCGUGGCGAGAAAUACACAGAGAAAGUCGAUGUCUAUUCCUAUGGAAUUAUACUGUGGGAGUUGAUGACACUGAAGGAUCCAUACUGUGGAAUGGAGCCAUUGAAGAUGGCAUUCCUCGCGGCGGUCGAAGACUAUCGUCCACCACUGACACAGGUUCCACCUUCUUGGAAAUCACUGAUACUCAAAUGUUGGCAUCCGAAACCAGAUCAACGACCUACAUUCCAAGAGAUAUUACAAAUGAUUGAUCAGAUCGAUCAAUCAGUUUCAUAUUCAUCUGUAUUUAAAUUACCUACUACAUCUACAUUUAUUUCAACUACCACCUCUUCAUCAAAUAUCAAUAGUAAUAACAACAACAAUCAACAAGCAGCAACGACAACAACGACAUCAACAACAGCAACAACUAACAAAACAAGUUUUACUUCACAAUUUUCAAAUUUACAACAACAAGGAUCACAACAGCAACUUUCACAACCAAAUGGUUACUAUGCAGCAUCACAGACUAUGGAAUAUGAAACCACACCAACAGUUUUAAUGAAGCAAAGAUCAUCAACUAUUAUAGCAAAUCGACAAAACAAUAUAAGAUCAUUUACGCAGCAACAAUCGACUAUAGAUAUUAGUUGUAUGGAGUUACAUCAACAACGAUUGUUUGUAGGUUACAAGCAAUCAGGUUUCAUCAAAGUGUAUAAUAUAAAUACAGAGUCAUUUUGUAAAUCACUCUCACUCCAAUAUCAAGCAAUGGUAGUCAAUGACAUGUCAAUCAGUAUACUCAACAACAAGAGUUUCUUGGCAUCGGUUGGUAAUGGUUUCAUCAGUUUAUUCGAUUUAGAGAAUCAAGAUGAUAUCGUAUCACCAUUAAAGAAUAUCAAUUUCAACAACAACAACAACAACAACAAUAAUAAUAAUAAUAGUAAUAUAGAUAAAGUUGUUUGGAAUCAACAGAAUAUUGUUACAACAUCAUACUCUGAGAACUGUAUAAAACUCUGGGAUUUAGAAAAAGGUUGUUGUAUCAGUACGAUGGAGGCAGGAUCACCUCAGACCUCGAUCGAUUCACUUCCAUAUCAUCCAUUGAUAGUUAGUGGUGGUCUAGAUAAGAAAGCAAGACUAUGGGAUGCAAGAGCAAGUCAUUGCUUUAGAACAUUCAUCGAAGAUAAUCCUAUUAAAUGUGUAAAGUUUAGAUCUCAUCUAAGUGAUCCUAUAUUAAUGAUUGGUACAACAAAUCCAUCACUUAGAGUUUGGAAUAUGUAUACAUCACAUUGUUUACAGUUAAUCGAACAUCAACAGCCAAUAUUAGAUAUACAUUCGAAUAUCGAUUGUAAAGAGAUAUUGAGUUAUUCAGCGGAUGCCACAAUGAUUAGAUAUAAAUAUGAUGACAUCAAUCAAGAGCAAAUCAAAUUGGUACAGAAAUACCCUGGACAAGACGGUACCACCAUUAGCAGCGCAAGACUAGUCUCACCCAACAAAAUUAUUUAUUCACAAGGAAAUUUAUUACAGUUAUUAUCAACUUGA